AGCGCUGCACGCUCUCUCGCAGCGCUGCAAGCUAUUCCCCUCGGAGAGGUGGAGUACCGGCGCACCAGGCAGAGGCUGCUACAGAACUUUUACUGGCCCAGGGUCUUUACCAUUGUCCAUCAAUAUUGCCAAUCCUGUGACCCCUGUCAGAGGGUGGGGAAGGCCCGGAACAAGGGGAAAGCAGCUUUGAGACCUUUGCCCAUCAUAGAGGAACCUUUCCAGAAGGUGGCCAUGGACAUAGUGGGACCUCUCAGCAAGGUGACCCGGUUGGGAAAGAAAUACAUUCUGGUGGUGGUAGAUUUCGCCACCCGCUACCCCGAGGCAGUGCCUUUAGCUUCCAUUGAAGCAGAUGCGCUCCUGACCAUUUUCAGCCGAGUGGGGUUCUCCAAGGAAGUCUUGACAGACCAAGGAUACAACUUCAUGUCGGCCCUGCUCCGGUGCUUGUGGGAGAAAUGUGGGGUCCGGCACAGCUUAUCAUCCCCCAGUCCAAUGGGCUGGUGGAGAGGUUCAAUGGAACUCAAAAGUUUUUAGCAUCAUCUUUAAUGAACCAGCACCCGCAGGAUUGGGACAAGUACUUACCUCACCUGCUGUUCGCGUACAGGGAGGUACCCCAGGAGUCUACUGGAUUUUUGCCUUUCGAACUGUUAUAUGGAAGGAGGGUAAGGGGGCCCCUGGACCUGAUGAGAGACGAAUGGGAGGGGAAGGCCACUCCCGAUGGAGAGUCAGUGGUGGAGUAUGUCCUGAUCUUCUGAGAGAGACUUGCUGAGCUCAUGGGCCUGGUCAGGGAGAAUUUAGCCAGACCCCAGAGGAAGCAGAAGGUCUGGUAUGACCACACGGCGCAGGCCUGCGUCUAUGCCACCGGGGAUCAGGUGAUGGUUCUCAUCCCCGUGAAGAAAAACAAACUACAGGCUGCUUGGGAAGGUCCUUUCGAGGUUGUCAAGCAGCUAAAUGAGCAGGUGAGAGGAUGGUGAGUGAGAACAAGGAGGGGAAUCCUCAACAGGAAGGUCCUGAGCAUGUGGAACCAGGUGAGAUGAUAUCAGGAAGAUCUGAAGAGGAUGUUUCUCAGUGUGCUGAGCAGGGAGAAGCCAGUGAAAGUCAGUGCAAGCCAGAGAGGCAGCAGAGAAACCAUGCAAGGGAGAACCAGUGUAAAUCUACUCACAGGAGCCGAGUGGUCAAGAAAAUCAAAGAAACUGUUCAACAGAGAAUCCCCAGUGGAGAUAGACCCCAUACAUGCAGUUUCUGUGGGAAAAGCUUCUGCUGGAGAUCAGCCUUUAUUAGUCACCAGAGAACCCACACAGGAAACAGACCCUACAAAUGCAACGAGUGUGGGAGAAGCUUUAGUCAGAGCUCAACUCUCACUAUUCACCAGAGAAUCCACACUGGGGAGAGACCCUACACAUGCAACGAGUGUGGGAAAAGCUUUAGUCGGCGUGGAAACCUUUUAGCACAUCAGAGAAUCCACACAGGGGAGAGACUCUACAGCUGCAAUGAGUGUGGGAAAAGCUUUAGUCAGAAUGCAUACCUUCUAUCACAUCAGAGAACCCACAUGAAGGAGAAACCCUACAUAUGCAAUGAAUGUGGGAAAAGCUUUAGUCAUAGCUCACAGCUUCUAUUGCACCAGAGAAUCCACACGGGGGAGAGACCCUACAUAUGCAAUGAAUGUGGGAAAAGCUUUAGUCUGAGCUCACACCUUCUAUCACACCAGAGAAUCCACACGGGGGAGAGACCCAACAGAUGCAACGAGUGUGGGAAAAGCUUUAGUCGGCAUGGAAACCUUCUCUUACAUCAGAGAACUCACACGGGGGAGAGACCUUUCAAAUGCUCAACAUGUGGAGAAAGCUUUGUUCAGCUCUUGAAACUUGUUAGACACCAGAGAAUCCACACUGGAGAGAAACCCUAUAAGUGUAAUGAGUGCGGGAAAAACUUCGGUGACAGAUCACACUUUAAUAAACAUCAGAGAGUCCACACAGGAGAAAAGCCCUUUAAGUGCUCUGAGUGUGGGAAAAGCUUUGGUUCAAGCUCAGAUCUUAUUAUACACCAGAGAAUUCACACAGGGGAGAAACCCUAUAAAUGCAUUGAGUGUGGGAGAAGCUUUGGUCGAAGCUCAGACCUCACUAGACAUCAGAGAAAACACACAGGAGAGAAGCCCUACAAAUGCCCCAACUGUGGGAAAAGCUUCAGUGACAGCUCUGCCCUCACUAAACACUGGAGAAUCCACAGAGGGGAGAGACCCUACAGAUGCAAGGAGUGUGGGAAAAGUUUUCGUCACAUCUCAAACCUUCUAUUACAUCACAGAACCCACACAGGAGAAAGACCCUAUAAUUGUCCUGACUGUGGGAAAGGCUUCAGUCGAAGCUCAAAUGUUAUUACUCACCAGAGAAUACACACAGGGGAGAAACCCUUUAAAUGCCCCGAAUGUGGGAAAAACUUCAGUACACGUUCAGCCCUUACUGCACAUCAGAGAAUCCAUAGCAGAGUGAGACCCUUAUCAAUGUCUUGACUGUGGGAAAAGUUUCUGUAACAGCUUAGUUCCUAUAAUCUCCAGGGAACCCACACAGGGAGAAACACUACAAAUACAAUAAGUACAGGAAAAGUUUUAGUUGAGCCUCACACAUUCUAUUACAUCAGAGAACCUACAUUGGGGAAAAAACCCUAUAACUGCCCUGACUGUGGGCUAAGCUUCAAUUGGAGAUAAACCGGUAUUACGCAUCACAGAAUCCACACUGGAGACAGCCUGUAAAUGCUUUGAAUAUUAGGAUCAGGCGAGGCUGGAGUGGCCAUGCAAUAAGGAUGCACAAUAGUUGUUAAAACAGAGACUGAAAUCACCGUUCUAGAACAGAGCCCUGUAGGACGAGAGGCUGAGAUAAGAUUCCCAUGCUGUGAUGGGAUUUGAUUAUUACUUCUCAAGAAGCUCUGAACACCCUCUGUUCAGCUCCUAAAUUUGUUUGGUGCUAGAAAACUCUCUUAUAUUCUGUGACUUCUCAUUUAUUCUUCAUAGUUUUUUAGACCUGGAUCCACCAAGGGACUUCAGCGUUACGAUGCUGAGUGUUGUGAUACCACACUUCUAGACAAUCACAGAAACAACACUGGGAUCCACAAAGCCUGAGUUAGGCACCCGGGCUGUCUAUAAAAUGAAUGGGGAGAGAGAGACAUCUCAGAAUGUGACUCACAAAACCAAGCAUGCUAGCUGGGGAGCCACCUAAGCUAGCCAAUGGGAGAUGCUAAGGAGACAGAGGUGUCCUGAGUCCUGCCCUUUUCAUGUACAUAGGUACCUAAGUCUGGGCUCCAGGGAAGCACCUGUCUCUGCUUGUGAUUCAUAAACUAGGAAUGAUAAGUGCUCCUCUGCCGAUGGGGCCCCAUCCAGUUGGAGUGUUCCAAAGUCACUUAACGCUACACAAAAUACCUGGGGCAUAGGAAAAGAGGACAAGGACCUCUCUUAUACCCUUUAGCCCAAUGGUUGAGGUACUCACCCAGGAGGUUCAAGUUUCUAUGCUGUUCAAAUCCCUUCACCUCACCAAGCAAUCUGCCACCUCCCAAGUGAGUGCCCUAGCCAUAGGAUAUUCAGAGGUGGAGGUAUUCCUCAAUCUCCUUUGUUGAACCUGGUCCACUGUAUAAAAGUAUUCAGCUAAGAGAUGGCAGAUUCUAUGCUAUUGAAUCUCCAAGAAAAGGAUGGAAAGGAAUUUCUUGUGAUGCCUGAAUGCCCCUGCUGGAUGGACAAGAAACUUGCUAUGACAGUUUGACCUGUCCAGUUAAUGAAUGACCACCUGCAAUAAAAGGAAAUGCCUCUCCAAAAGAAAAAGGACAAUGGAAAUUUGCCUAAUAUGUCCUUUUGGGGUAGACUGAGUCCCCCAUUACAACCACAUGGAGUGAUUAUGCAUAAAAAAAGGGUUUGGGCUAGACAAUCCAAGUUCCCUGUAAGCUGCAUGUCGGCAUGGCUGUGUAGCAACCUAUUUAGCACUGUGCAAGUGCUUAGGGAACCCGCCUGGGGACCUGCCACAGAUGGCGGAAGGGUGCCCCUCCCCCGGCCCCAACUCACCCUGUGGCCUGGACCUGACGUGGCCUGGACCCAGGCAUGGCUAGAUCGGGCCCAGGCACAGCCGGAGCGGCCUGGACCUGGCUGGGGUGGUGUGGAGUGGCCCAGACCCUGGUGCAGUCUGGGUGGCCCUCCCCGGCUUGGACUUGCUGGGGCCAGGUGAGGAGCAGCUAUCCUGCAGCCCCAGCCUCAGAGCUCCCGCGGCAAGGACAGGCACCUCUUCCCCCCCCAGCCCAGGUGCUGCUGUGGGGAGAGAGCGCUGGGGGAAUCCUCUUUCCCCACCGUAGCCCUGGAGCACCCUCUUACACGCCAAACGCCUCAUCCCUGGCCCCACCCCAGAGCCUGCACCCCCAGCUGGAGCCCUCACAGCCCUGCAUCCCAACCCUGAGCCCCCUCCCACAAGAAUUCCUC